UUAGAAUUUAAACUUAAUGUAAUAUAAUGUAUAUACAAAUCCGAAAUGUUACUGCUGAGGCGAAUAGUCUUUCCAAGGCUUGUUUUAAUCUAUUAUGCAGCUAAAUGUCAUUUGUAGUACACAAAUAUUAGGAGAAUAACUUAUCUAACGUCAUGUUAUUUACACGGAAAGCUCAAUUUAAACUUUGGAAUUUAAAUCAUUAUUAUUAUUACUACUACUAUUUGAUUUACCUGUAUGGAUUCUGUUGUUUCAAUCUAGUCUCUCCCUUCCUCCUCCCCGAACAACUUUUAUUCAGAAACUAUGAGAUAACAGAUCUGGGGGAAAAGUUAACUAACGCUGUACAAGAAGUGAUAGCAUCAGAUUUGAUGAAUAAACAUGAAGUAUUUCGUUGGACUACAGUGACAGGAUUCAGAGAAAUUGUUAACGACAGUCGUACAGCAUGGUUUAUUUUCGGUGGAUCAAUGGAUAGAAUAACUGUCAACUCAUCAGAUCCGUAUACAAAGAAAGCGGUGGCAGUUGUUGCCUGUCAACUGUCAACUUCUAGUCUCCAGAAGAACAACCGAUUGGAUUUUAUUGACUGUUAUCCACUUGAAGCGAAAAAUGUAUCAAAUCAAGAAAGUGAUCAUACUGGAGAACAUCAUGAUGGUACUACACUUUUAGGCAUGAGUGUUGCAAGUCUUGAGUUUGAAGCACCUUUCAAUGGUGCGGUUGUAGUGUAUUGUGAUCCAUUGUGGCAUACUGGAGGAGUGCAUCAUGGAGUCCAGUCUGUGUUAGAUGUAAAAUAUCAAGAACAACCUGGGGGUAGAUGUCGAAUCCGACUAAGGCAUAAUGGUGAAUGGUCUCGUCUAGCUGCAUCAAGUCAUCUAGAGGAUACUAUUGAGUUUUGUACUAAUUCUGGUUAUUCCCAGCCUUGUGGUGGUGGUUUUUCUCUAGAUUUGCAACAGACAACUACUAUAGAUACUGUUAAUGCGAAUCAGUCACGUGUUCCAGAAGAGCAGUACUCCUCGUUACCAAAUAUUCAACUACUCACUAGUUUGUUUUUAGCCAAUCCCGGUGAAAUACAAGUCUUGGAUGAUAUUUUGACAAAUUUCAGAAAGGAAUCUAAUCAAUUGUCGCCUGAAAAUUUUGUUCACAGAAUUCUAGGGAAACAUGUCCAGUUUAGUCAACAAGUGAAAUGGACACCAUCAUCUAGUUCACGGAAAUACAAUUAUGAAAUUGAGGUGAAUAGCUCUGCAUCAGGGAUAAAUACAUGGAUGCAUGAAAAUUUGGCGAUCAUUUCUUCAUUGAGUGAAUUAAAUGAUCCAAGCAUAAAAGCUUUCAGGCCGAAAUCUACCGAAUCCGACGAUCGAUUAGUUUACAGUGUGAUGAAUGAUGAAGAAACCAAUGAGACUACUAAGUCAAAAGGUGAUUUCACUGGAUUCGGUUUCAGUAUGGAAACAGUGAAUAUUCCAAAGUAUUCUAAAGCGAAUGGUAUUCAACGAACUGAUUAUGGGAUUGUUAUUGGUGCGCCGUUUGAUAGUUCUGUAAAACGCUUUGGUGUUAAUCAUGGACGAGUAUAUAUUAUAUGUCCUGAGAAACAUGUCACUACAAAAAGUAGUUUAUUUUCAAUUGAAGGAAGACGGAAGAAUGAAUUCUUUGGCUAUUCAAUUGCACGUCUUGGUGAUGUUGAUGGAGAUGGAAUUGAUGAUGUGGCAAUUGGUGCUCCAGCAAUACAAUCAAAUGUUGUGGAAUUAUACAAUGAAAAUUCAAAUGUUUCAUUGAAUAAUGGUCGUGUUUAUAUUUAUAAAGUUACACCUCAGUGUACACUGGAUCCGAUUCCUUUGCAGAUUUUAGAAUCACCCCAACCAGAAUUUGGAGACGGCUUUGGGAUUGGAUUAUCACGAGGUUUUGAUGCAGAUGGCGACGGCUGGCCAGAGUUCGCAGUCACUUCUUUGAAGGCGAACACUGCUCCACACUUAUUUACAAUGCCUAAACUACUGAAAGCACAAUGUCAAAUAAAUAUACCACCACAUUAUAAAAUCUUACCUUUUAAAAAGUCAACCACACUACCCUUUACCAUACACAUACGUCUAUAUGAUCUACAUUUACGCAGAUAUGUCAACAUCCCCAAGGGAUUAAGUUCAACCGCAUUCCGCAAUCAUGAAAUUGAUCCAGAUGUUAUCUGGAAUCAAUAUUUCGCCUCAAAUUCAAAUGAAACAAAUCAAGCCUUCUCACCUGAUGCAUCUUUAAAACAUGGAUUAGAUACAUUUACACUAAGUCUGCUGAAUUCUCAAUUUCACAGUCAGACACAUCGUUUUGAAUUACUCAACAAUAAAGUCACUAGUAUCAAUUUUGAUCCAACACAAACCUAUAUGAUUGUAAAAUUUCAUUUGAUCACCCUGCGUGGAUUAGAAGAAAUGAAUUUGAACAGUAUUCCAUUAAAAAUUUCCUAUAAAUCAACCCUAAAUCUAACUGAAUGCCGACUGGCUAAAAAUUUCGCAGCAUGCCAUAAACACGAACAGCCUAUAAUAGAUUGGUCUGAAUGCGAACAGCCGAUACAGCUGGCUCAACCAGUUUGUAUUCCAGCACCAGAAUGUCGUUCCGACUUAAGUCUAGUGAAUUUAAGUUGGAUACCCACACAUUCAUUGAAAACAUCACAAAGGUUUGAGACAAUUGUAUCUCAAGGAAACAAUUCAUUUGUCAAGCGAAUUGAAUACGGUAAUGCAAAGGAACAGCACCAGAUGAUUCGAGUGAGAAUAAUCAAUUUGGGGCCAACUAAAUCAAGUGGAUUACGUGUUAUCACUCGUUUCUAUAAUUGGUAUAUUAAAGCUGAUCAAGAACACCAGUUGGCGAACAGUAUUCAGGGUAAAAUUACACAGAUAAAUGUUAAAAAGUUAUUCAUAGAUGAAAUUGACUCAGAAGAUAUUAUCAAUGUUACUGACACAGCGAUAUGGUCAGUAAAUAUUGAUGAAAGUGGUACUGUAGCGUUAGUUUCAUUAUUACCCCACUUGUGGAUUUAUCCUAAUGAAGUUAUACAAAUAGAUAUAUCUGUAUUUAUUGAAAGUCUGUUGCCUAUGGCAACAUUGUCAACAAAUCAUUUGUCAAACAAUAAUGAUAAUUUAUCAUUUAUGAAUUCAAGUUUCAAUUAUACUUUUAUGCCAAAGUAUGAAAUUAAAGUAACCUCAGAGACAAAUGACUAUGAAGAAUGGAAUAAUGCAAUCAGUAUACCAUAUCAAAUUGUUUAUAAACCAAAAGUAGAUAUUUAUGCUGGUGUACAACCACGAAGUAUAAUUGAUGACAGAAUGGAACCUUAUGUAGUUGAACAAAACACAAUAUCUCGAAAAAUAUUUUCCUAUGAUAUUGGACCAAAACUUGAACACACGUAUAUAGUUGAAAAUCGUGGCUGGACAACUUUAACAAAUGUUAGUUUAAUCCUUCAACUGCCAUAUGAAACAAUAGACGGGUAUAAAUUAUUAUAUUUAUCCGAUUUAAUUCGUGUUGCAUCACAUACAAAUCAAACGACUACAUGGAAGAAUAUUUUACCAAAAGUUAUUAGUUCUGAUGGAAGAGAACGUGGAACUUGUGAAGUGCCGAAGGAGUAUAUUAAUCCGUAUGGAAUUACGCUGAUGGAUUUCAAGUUCACAGAUGAAAGAUCCCGAAAAUCCGCCCACGAUCCACGUAUCAGAAUCAGAAAACGAUUUAAAAGAACAGCUGACUUUCAUACAAAACCACAGUUAUCUAGCGAACAACAUACAGGGAAAUUUCUACGUGAAACAUCGACCAGUUUAAAUCCUUCCUCAUUACGACGUGCUCAUAAAGGUAGAACAAUACUCAAAUGUCCAUAUUUAAUGGACAGUAUAAAUAAAACCAAGCAAUUUCAAACCACUGAAUACACCCAUCUGAUUAAAUGUAUUCAUAUUAAGUGUAAUUUAAAUCAAUUACAGGCUGGAGAUACAGUAAGAAUUCAAUGGACUGGUUGGUUAUGGGCUGAAACAUUUUUUAAACUACACAAAUCUGAUAUACAAUUCAUUAGUAGAUUGAAUAUUGAACAUUGGGGUGAUUUACCCGCCAUGAUUAAACUUUAUCAAAGCAUUCAAGAAAAUCUUCAUCAAAAUGAUGAGGCGAAGAAGAAUACUACUAACAAAUUUAUAGAUAUUAGAUAUCCGACAGAUAAUAAUAAUUAUUUUGAAAUUAAACAAUCAAUUAUAUUUCAUAGUGUUCAAUUGAAAGUAACGCAUAAAAUGCCAUUAUGGCCGAUUGUGGUUGGUAUAACUGUUGGCCUACUGAUAUUAAUGCUGUUAAGUGCUCUGUUGUAUUGUUGUGGCUUUUUCACUAGGCAUAAACAGCAUUAUUCAUCAAAGGGGAAAAGAAGGAGGAAAAAGCCUCAGGUGAUAAGAAAUAUUUCCCUGGGUGAAGGAAACAAUAAUGAUUAUAAUAAUAAUAAUAGUAAUAAGAGUGAUCAAAAAUGUUUAUUGUCUGACAGUCUCAUGGCUAAAGAUGAGCGAACACCUAGUCGUUUAAAGACUGAUGAUUCCAGACCUGUAGACAUAGCGAAUACAAAAUCACAUUCAACCACAACAGAAUCCACAAAACAGGAUAAUGACAACGGUAGAAAAGGACAGAUUGAAGGGUGUGAAAAAUACGAGAAUGCAGUUAGUAAAGAGGAUGGUGAAUCAACCAGACCAUUGUUAAAUCAACACCAGUCAACGACUUCUUCUGAAGCGGCACAACAAUCAAGACAGUUUGAACUGGCUGAAGCUCGAGAAUUGCCAGAAUCAUCAAAGCAUUCUAAUGAUAGUGAACAGUUACUAUAGUAACGUGAAAUUUUAAAAAGCCCUCUUAAUAGUUGUAAAUACAUAUUUAAUAAAACUAAAUGAUUAUUAUGUGGCAUGAUAAUGCUUACAAUCAAUGCAUUCAUAGAAUGAUG